GUCGUAAGUAUUCGCCGAAAAUUCGGAAUCUAUUAUACAGCAUGCUGUUAGCUGAGAAAUAUCAGCUGAAUGUCAAUGAACAAUCACACAGAAUCAUAAGGGACACAAUCAGAGACAGAUAUUUCACUGAUGUUACGGAAGAGUGUUCGGUAGAUCUUCCUGAUGGAAUCACAGAAACACAUAACGGUGUGAUAACCUUUCUAUCAAACGACAUCCGACAUGACGUCAUGUACGCCUUUGUUACGGAGUGUCUGGUGAAGGACGAUGAUCUGGAGUUUUUCCUGACCACGGCUUCACGUGACGUGAUAUCAGAAUACUGCCGGUCCUGGAUGUAUAAGAGGAGUGACGGAGAGAGAUGUCUGUAUGUACCGGACAGGCCGGAGAAGAUGUACGCGCUCUUCAUAGACAAAGUACAGCUGGACAUCAUCACUCACUGUACCAUGUCUGACGAGGGGAUUCAUUACAGGAUCAGGAGACGUUUAGGAGUCCCUGAAGAAGUACUAAAGUGGGACCAGGAGGCCAGAGAGCGGUAUGUGGAGUACGCUAAGAGAGGAACACAGACAGUCCACCACGCCCGGGGGAUGAUUGUAGGAUGUGCUGGAGCGGGGAAAACCACGCUACUUAAACGUCUGCUCGGGUGUAGUGAAAAAGAGAUUGGUAAUGUAAAAUCUACUGAGGGAUUGGAAGUGCAUGAAGAAAUAUUUGAAUUAUGUGAUGAAGCAAAAUCUUUGAAAGCCAAAGGAAAAUACAUAAACCAAAACAAUGUAGAAAAUACCUCUGAAAAAUUGGAUGCAAAGACUUUGACAUUUUUUGACUUUGGAGGGCAGUGUGCGUACUACGCCUGUCACCAGAUUUAUCUGACCAGGAGAGCUUUCUAUGUUGUUGUGGUGGACGCCUCUAAACGUCUUGACCAGAAGGUGGACGAGAAAGUGUGUGAUCAAGAUGGGAGUGUAUUCUCUGGUUGGACCUACGGAGACUACUUUGUAUUUUGGUUAAAGUCUAUACAUACUUACUGUGGCUCGGACAAUGAAAAUGACCAGAAGCCUAUAGUACUUAUUGUAGCAACUCAUUGGGAAGAAGAACUCAGACAGUUUAAGGACAAGAAUAAACUUAUGGACAGUCUACGAGAUCAACUUCCUAAAGCAUCUAAUUUAUCACAGUACAUCAGGGAAGAUAGAUUACAUUGUAUACAGCUCUCUGUACCUCUUGAUGAUUUAGAAAGAAGCUUUUACGAAAUUGCCUGUCAUCAGCGAUGGAAAGAAAGUAUUCCGAAAGAAUGGUUUUUCUUUCAAAUAGAAAUUAAUCAGAAGAAAAAUUCUAGGCGAAUUAUGGAAAUCUCUGAAAUAACAACAGAAGUUCCAGAGACUUCUGCUGAUUCUCAGAAAAGUUUUAAUGAAGUAUCAAAAGGAAAACUAGAUAUGCUAAGAUACUACCAUGAUGCCGGGAAAGUUCUAUACUUUGAUGAAAAUGGUCUAGAUGAAAGAUUGAUUAUUGAUAUCCAGUGGUUUAUUGACGCCUUCAAACAUAUCAUCACAGACAGACUGCAUUUUACUGGUAUUCCUGGAAACGAAAAGGAUUGGGAUGAAUAUUAUAAAAGUGGAUAUUUGCGGAAUGCCCUUCUUAAAAAGAUAUGGAAAAGCAAGGACGAUAAACUGUUUGAAAUGUUAAAGAAAGAGAACGAGGAAUACGAAAUUAAAUUGGGCUCUUUUAGAUAUGACAAAAGAUACCUGGGAUAUCAUCAGGAAUCACUCCUUCAUUUCAUGCAAAGACUUGGUUUACUGGUUGUUGGUAAAGAUUCCCACUAUGUUCCAUGCAUGAACCGGAAGGAGAUGGAGCCUGCUGUCCCAGAUCUUAUUCGUCGAUCGGAAAGUAAAUCAUCUGUUGUCGUUUAUCGAUUUACAUUUCUACCCUUUUUCUUUUUCUUUCGUCUUGUUGUCGCUUGUAUACAAGAGAAAAAUUGGAUAGUGCUUAAAACGCACAACACACCAUGCCUCUACAAAGAUGCUGCUUUGUUUUCAGUUGAGGGAUACAUUAUCGUUCUAUCCGUCACAAAUGAGUCUAUACAACUUCAAAUUGUUCAUCCUAAGCCAGGUUGCAUUUUGGAAAGGGAUAAAACUCAACUCAUUCAAGAAAAGGUGGAAAAUAAAUUAAAUGAUUUUGCAGGAAAAUUUCACAGAAAGCUCUUGUUUGCACGAGGCUUUAGAUGUCGUGUGGACGAUUCAAAGCUAAUUGCCAUGGAUAUCAAAGAUUAUUUCCUUUCAGAGGAAGACAUUCAAAGAGAUGAUGAAGAAAUGAUUUGUCCUUUGCAUUCGGUUAUUGAUCAGCAUUUUAUCAAUACAAAAGAGCUGAAGAGAUUUUGGAAAAUAUAGAUGGACACAAAAAUACCGGUAGUUACAAUAAAAGCAUACCAACUACUAGUAUAUCAUUUCUUGGACGGAAUAAGUUCAUUGUAUAUUGUAAAUUUCAGGAUAACACGUACAUCUUUCCUAUUCUUUCAAUCACUUUUGGUCAAGUUGCUGUCAAUUUUUUUUUUGAGAACUACAAUUUCAGAGAUAUUUUUUUUAAAGAUCGUGCAAAAUCAUGUCAUUUAAGAACUUAAAGUUUAUUAUAUUGCAAAUGAAAAGAUAAAUUGACAAAACCAUACCGGCAAAUUGUUAGAUUCAACGAAUUAUAGAUUCUUGUAUAUCUUUCAGAACCAAAUGUUCACUUCUCAAUACCUUAUACGUCUUUUAACUUGCAUGUUGAUUAGUUCUUACUGAAAUAUGUUGUAUGUAAAGUCUGUUGGUGUCCACUACGAGGCAGUUGCACAUAUAAUGUGUGUUUUAUGGUUGUAAACAACAUAAUAUAGUCUGGUUGUUAGAGUGCCGUAGUUUUAUGAAACUUUAUUUUAGAAGACGCCCAAUAAAUGACAAUAUGAGGAAAUGCAAAUCAACGACAAAGACAUGUAUAUAGUGUUUGCUAAACUUACAACUCGCAACGGGAAAAAAUUGGUCUAGACUUGUAAAAAAAAAUACAUAAAAAUUAUACAACAGGGAUCCAAAUCAACAAAAGUAUAACAUUUUCUUUGAAAAUCUUCAAAAUCUACGACUAGUUAUAAAAUAUCUAGUCUUUCUUAGUCAGUUUACUUUCAAGUUUGAACAAAUCUGGUCUCUAAGAUAUUGAACUUAUUUCUGGGGAUUUUUUUUCAUUACCAGUUUGCUUAGGUGAGCGAUGUGGCCCAUGGGGCUCUUGUUGUAAAUUUUAAAACUAAGAUUAAUUCGGUAAAUUAUAAUUCAUAUUUCAUAUAUUUGUACUAAUUCUAAUAGUUACAUCCCUCCUGCAAGUACGUUUAAGCAUCAAUAAUUUGUAUAAAAAAUUCUUAUCAAAAAAAUCCUUAAUUAUCAAAAUUAACUAUGUAUAGUUUUGACAUGUUGUUCAGUUUAUUUAAAUACUUCGGGAAUUUGCUCUUGUUUAGAUGCCUAUUGUCCAGCACCUCUUUUAUGUUUGCGUAAUAUAAAUCAAUGUAAGACAAUAAUCCCGGCCUGAUUAAUUCUGUAGACCAGGAAAAAAAAACAA